AACUACAACAGACAUGGCUGUGUUGUUUUGCUUUCUCUCUUUCAGUACCCCAAAAUCAAUUAUCAUUUAAUAUUUAAUAAUCCCCUUCACACCCCCCCAAACCAAAAGCCUUUUUGAUUCAUUGCAUUUGAUUUGAUUUCAUUUCUUUUGAGGGUUCAAAAGGACUUGUUCUUUUACCACCAUGGAUCUUUCUCCUUUCCUUCUGAAAUGGGCCUUUUAGACUCCAAGAUCCCACCAUUCUUGGAAACACAUACGUAUAUACUUCAACUCCAUGAACUUCUUUCUAGAAUCAUCUCAAGGGAUUACUUGAAUUCCCUGAUUCUGUGUGCAAGAUUUUGAUUGCUCUAAGCUACAUAAACCCUACAGAUUGAAAUUUUGGUUCUUGGGAGAUGAUAAUACUCUAGACUUUGAUAUCAAGAUUAUAAAUUUCAUUCACUGGGAAGCAAGAUUCCAGCAAUGUCCAAAGUUUUUGGAUCAAGAAAAGGCUUGUUGUUGGUGGGUAUCAUAAGAAUUUUAGUUGCUGUUUUUCUGAUUUUCCCUUGCAAAGGAUUGAAUUCAGAUGGGAAAUUUCUUUUGGAAUUGAAGAAAAGUAUUAAGGAUGACUUGGGGAAUCUAAAGAAUUGGAAUGCAUAUCAUACCACACCUUGUGGAUGGAUGGGUGUGAGUUGCACCUCUGGUUACGGCCCAGUGGUUUGGUCUCUUGAUCUGAGUUCAAUGAAUCUUUCAGGAACCCUAACCCCAAGUAUAGGUGGUUUGCUUUCUUUAACAUAUCUUAAUCUUUCUUUUAACAAGUUUGCUGGUAACAUACCCAAAGAAAUUGGGAAUUGUUCGAAACUAGAAAUGCUUAUUUUGAACAGUAAUCAAUUUGAUGGGAACAUCCCAGAUGAGAUAGGAAAGCUUAAUCAUUUAAGCCAUUUGAACAUAUGCAAUAACAAGAUUUCUGGUUCAAUCCCUGAAACUUUUGGUCAGCUUUCUUCUUUGGUUGAAUUUGUGGCGUACACAAAUAAUAUCAAGGGAUCACUCCCGCGGUCUCUUGGAAACCUCAAGAAUUUGACCACAUUUAGAGCCGGUCAGAAUGCUAUGACCGGAAGUAUACCUGUAGAGAUCGGUGGUUGUGAGAGCUUACUAUACUUCGGUGUUGCCCAGAAUAACUUUGAUGGAGAUAUACCAAAGGAAUUCGGGUUGUUAAAGAUGAUGACUGAUCUAAUUCUUUGGAAUAAUCAGUUAUCAGGAAUCAUCCCGAGAGAGCUUGGAAACUGUACUCAUUUGGAGACUCUGGCUUUGUACCAAAAUAAUCUUGUUGGUGAAAUCCCGAAAGAGAUUGGGAAACUCAAGUACUUAAAGAAGUUAUAUUUGUACAGAAACGGAUUGAAUGGAACGAUUCCUAGAGAGAUUGGUAAUCUUUCUUUAGCUACAGAGAUUGAUUUCUCAGAGAAUUAUUUGACCGGAGAAAUCCCUACUGAAUUGUGUCAAAUAGAAGGCCUUACUUUACUCUACUUGUUUGAAAACCAGCUUCAUGGUGUCAUCCCGAAUGAACUUGGUAACUUGAGGAACCUGUCGAAGCUCGAUCUUUCCAUAAAUUCGCUCACAGGCCCAAUUCCUAUUGGUUUUCAGUAUCUACCCAAGAUGUAUCAGUUGCAGCUCUUUAGCAAUUCGUUAAAUGGCAGCAUUCCGCAAGAGCUUGGGCUCUACAACAAGCUUUGGGUGGUUGACUUUUCGGACAAUUUCUUGACCGGAAAGAUCCCACCUCAUACCUGUAGGCGUGGUAACUUGAUGUUACUGAAUCUUGAAUCGAACAAUCUGUAUGGAAAUAUCCCGACUGGAAUUAUUAACUGCAAAUCGCUGGUUCAACUUCGGCUCAGUGGUAACAAGAUUACAGGCAGCUUUCCUUCAUCGUUGUGCAAUUUGGCGAACCUAUCUGCUAUCGAGUUGGGUCAAAACAGGUUCAGUGGUCCGGUUCCUCCCGAGAUUGGGAACUGUCAAAAGUUACAAAGGCUCGAUCUUUCUGGGAAUUACAUCUCGUCCGAGUUGCCUAAUGAGAUACAGAAACUGACUCAUUUGGUGACGUUUAAUAUUUCUUCGAAUUUGAUCACCGGAAGGAUACCGAGUGGGAUUCUUCAUUGCAAGAUGCUUCAAAGACUCGAUCUCAGCAGGAACAGCUUUGCGUACGAUAUACCGCCCGAGCUUGGUUCCCUUUCUCAACUUGAACUUCUGAUGAUUUCGGAAAACAAGCUCUCGGGCAGCAUACCAGCUGCCCUCGGAAAUCUCUCUCGUUUGACUGAGUUGCAGAUGGGCGGUAAUGUCAUCUCCGGUGGUAUCCCACCGGAGCUGGGAUUGCUUACGAGCUUGCAGAUUGCCCUGAAUCUCAGUCAUAAUAAUCUCUCUGGCACAAUCCCACCUCAGCUCGGGAAUCUCAUAUUGCUCGAGAAUCUUCUGCUCAAUAACAAUCAUUUAAGUGGCGAAAUCCCGAGCACAUUUGGAAAUCUGUCGAGUUUGAUGGGCUGCAACUUCUCGUACAAUAUUCUUAAAGGCACGUUGCCUUCCGUACCCUUGUUUCAGAACAUGGCUAUCAGCAGCUUCAUUGGUAACGAUGGGCUUUGUGGCGGUCCGCUAGCAAGCUGUGAAGGAUCUUUCAUUUCCGGUUCAGCUCCACCUUCUUUGGAGAGUGCCGAUGCUCCUCGGGGCAAAGUAGUUACGAUAAUCGCAGCUGUCGUAGGCGGGAUUUCUCUUAUUCUGAUCGUAGUUAUCUUAUAUUUCAUGAAAAAAGGCGCUACACAAAACGUCACUUCGUUGGAGGACGAUACCGAAAGAUCUUCCCCGGUAUCAUCAGAUGUCUACUUCCCACCACAAGACGGUUUCAAGUUCCAAGAUUUGGUCGAAGCCACCCACAACUUCCAUGACAGUUAUGUUAUCGGAAGAGGAGCCGUGGGGACGGUUUACAAGGCCGUCAUGCAGUCUGGUCAAACGAUUGCUGUCAAGAAGCUUGCUUCUAAUCGAGAAGGCAGCAACAUCGAGAACAGUUUUCAAGCGGAAAUCUCGACUCUAGGAAAGAUCAGGCAUCGUAACAUUGUGAAGCUUUACGGCUACUGCUAUUAUCAGGGCUUUAAUCUGCUUCUUUACGAGUAUAUGGCAAAGGGUAGUUUGGGUGAAUUGCUUCACAACGGUUCGUCUUGCGGCUUGGAUUGGCCGGCUCGAUUCACCGUGGCUCUUGGGGCAGCUCAAGGUCUUGCUUAUUUGCACCAUGACUGCAAACCAAGAAUCAUUCAUCGCGACAUUAAGUCCAACAACAUCUUACUUGACGAGAACGCUGAAGCUCAUGUCGGUGAUUUCGGUUUGGCCAAGGUUAUAGACAUGCCUCAGUCUAAAUCCAUGUCUGCCGUUGCCGGUUCCUAUGGCUACAUAGCUCCAGAAUAUGCAUAUACUAUGAAGGUAACAGAGAAGUGUGAUAUAUACAGCUAUGGGGUUGUUCUUUUAGAACUGGUAACAGGAAGAGCCCCAGUACAGCCAUUAGAUCAGGGAGGGGAUCUGGUUACAUGGGUAAGGAGUUAUAUUCGAAAGCAUUCAUUUAGUGUCGGGAUUCUUGAUAGUCGUUUGGAUAUACAAGGUAAUGAACGUGUGGCGAACCAUAUGCUUUGUAUCCUGAAAGUUGCUAUAAUGUGCACGAAAAUGUCGCCUUUUGAUCGGCCAUCCAUGAGAGACGUUGUGUUGAUGCUGAUCGAAUCAAAUGAAAGAGCCGGGUAUUCGCUAGAUGAUGAUGAGGAUCCUUGUUCAAAAGAUGAAUUCUUGUGAAUGUAUGUAUCAGUUUACUUGCUAUUUUAACCAAUAUGAUGACGAUGACGAUGAUUCUUAUUUUCCUGAUUCUUCUUCUUGUGGCUAAUUAACACUAUUUGAUGAGAACGAUCAUGAAUGUAUAUACAUAUCUUUCUCUUGUAUCAAUUUCAAGAUUGUUUAUACAAUCCAUUACUUGGUAC